AUGUAAACAGAGAAAGGAAUUGCAAAAACAACAAAAGUAGAUUAUCAUGCAUAAAGUAGAACAUUAUCAUUAGAAUAAUUACAAGAGGAAAUUGUUAAAUUAAUAGGAGAAUUCAUGAAUUAAAAAGUUUGCAAUCAAAAGAGAUGAUAAAUAAAAAGUAAUAUGAAGAUCAGUUAGAUGGUAUUGACAAUCUAAUUUUAAUCUUUUGGUUAAAAAUAAAUGAUCAAAAUUUUAUGUAUGAGAUGACAAAAAUUAUAAAAAUUGAAAAUUAUUGUAUAUAAUUUACUCUUAAUCAUUGA